AAGCAUUUUAGAAGACUGGCGCUCCGGCGCUCCAAGAUCCUGCACCGCACCGGGCUGACAUUGGGCUGAGGAAGUCAAGAUGGGCUGUCUGCGCUUCACCCCCAUCGUUGUGCUGCAGUUGACUCUGUGCAGCGUAUUGCAGGGUGCAAAAUGGAAAUACAGUGGGCCAGAAGGAGAACACCACUGGUCCAAGCAUUAUCCGUACUGUGGUGGAGCUUUCCAGUCUCCAAUUGACAUCAAGUCAGAGCUGUUGAGGUUUGAUCCCACUUUACGUCCAAUUGAGGUUCAAAACUACAACCUUUCACUUAACGAGCAGCUCACUCUUGGAAAUAAUGGACACUCUUUGCAAAUAUCAUUGCCUUCAAAGAUGCACAUCUCCAGCCUGCGUCAUCGCUACAAUGCAGCUCAGCUCCAUUUCCACUGGGGCUCCUCCGGUCGACCUGCUGGCUCUGAACACACUGUGAACAGUAAACAGUAUGCAGCAGAGAUGCAUGUUGUACAUUACAAUUCAGAUAAAUACGCAAAUAUAUCCAUGGCUGUAGAUAAAUCUGAUGGUCUGGCUGUGCUGGGUGUCCUGAUCGAGAUUGGGGAGUUCAAUCCAGCCUUUGAGCAGUUCUUAAAGUUCAUUAAUGGUGUCAAAUACAGAGAUCAGAAAGUGCAGGUGUCUGGCUUCAACAUCAGGACUCUGCUGCCUGCACGUUUGGAUGAAUAUUAUCGCUAUGAUGGCUCACUGACAACUCCUCCAUGUUAUCCAAGUGUGCUCUGGACAGUGUUCAGAAAUCCUGUAGCAAUUUCUCAAAAACAGUUUUUUUCCUUUGCAACAGCCCUCUACUCCUCCUAUGCUCAAGACUCAGCCACUGCACUGCUACACAGCAACUACAGGAAACCACAGCCAGCAGACAGCCGAGUAGUUCUGGUAUCUUUUAAGGAGGGCAGAGGACUGUAUGGUACCCAUACAGUCACAUCUCCCUUCACGAGGAAGAGAAUCAUUCAGCAGCUGCUGGUUGGCGACCUAGCAGACUUGGCUGAUGAAGGGCUGUAUCAGCUCCUACCAAGUGGCUCACAGAAGCUACAUGCUGACGAGAGGAACGAGCUCAAGGACAUGCAGAAUCUAGCCAAACCCAAACAACAAUUGUUGAAUCCAUCUCUGUGGAAGAAGAGCCAGACCAACCGCUAUGUGGGAAAGUUGGCCUUGGCUGAAGACACACUGUGCUACGGCUCACUGAAGCAGAGAGUUUCGCAUCAGCUCAGACAUUCCCAUGCUGAAAAUGAACUGGUUCAGGCUCUCAGAGAUGCAGUUUUUCCUGAGCUCAACUUAAAGAGCUACCUGGACUGCAAGUCAGACUUAGCUCUUCCCACCAUCAGACACAUUCUCCGAGGACGACCGACUGAUGAGGCUUUUGAGUUAGAUCGUUCCCUGACAAAAGCCUUGAUGAAUCAAAGGAAGACUUCCGCUGCAGUUAAACAAAAUGGACCAGUGACGAAGUACGGUGGUCUUUCACCAGCCACUGCUCCAAGGAAACCACUUAGCAAGGAUUAUCCACAUCCUUGGCUUUUGCCAAUGGAGUGGGAAGAUUAGAAAUAUUCCAGAAAGCUCACACUGUCACUUUUUUUUAAUAAUUUUAAGCAGUUGUGUACAAAAACAAAUGACUUAUUGGGGCCUUUCAUUUCUUGAAUCCAUCUUUGCUUAAUGUAUUUAAUAAUAAAUUAUUUUUUCCAGUGUGUGCACAUAAAUAUAAAAACUUUCCAGUAGAUAAUUUGCUAUUUGCUCUUUGUUUUAAUUUAUUUUGUUUGUAACAGGUCAUCAGCUGCAGCUGUACGCAGGAUUAUGAGAGGAUAUAUCUACCAUAUAUUUUUGUUCUGGAAAUUUAAUAAGGUUUCGUAUUUAGGCUUUCACUGUGUUUGAGGGAUCCCAUUUUUUUUCAAUAGUUUGAUAGCUGUGCAGCUAUACUUAUAAUUAGGUAAAGGUGACCUUGAAAGAAACCUUUCUUACAAAGAUCCAUCAUUUACAACCCAAGAAAUAUUUGAGUUAUUUAAAAUCCCCCUAAAAAUAUUAAACAUUUUGAACUAAAGUGCUCAAUAUUGCUUUGUGUACACAGUAUGAUUUUAACACUGUUGUGAAUCUUUGUAUUAGUAGCUAAUGACAGUCAGCAGUUCCUUCAUCAGUAUUGAUGGGAAGCUGUUCAGUCACCAUCUCUAAACUCCUCCAGCUUGUGCAUAUUUCUUCAGGGUUGUCCUCACCACUUUCAUUACAUUUAGAUCCAACUUUAGACCAAACAAAAAUCAUAUUUUUUCUGACUUUAGGGACCAGAUGCCAGUGUCUUUCUGGGAAGUUCACAAUCUAUAAUGCACUGCCAUGUAAAAGAAUGGCAGACUAUGUGGAUGUUGAGCUAUGAGGGUUUCUCCACUAUUAUAAAAACAAAGAUGGAAUGAGUGUUUCACAUGUCACGUCUACGCAGCCAAAGAUAAUAGAAAAGGCCAUUCAAGUCAUGAAACUUUCCUGUCUAUAUGUAUUACUUUCAAUUUUUUAUUUGCAGCAACUAAGUGGAAAAAGCAUCAUACUUUUCAUAUUACAGAUCUUUUUCAUAUUUUUAACCACAUUUCUGUCAACCUAUAGAACUGGUCACUUUUCCAAGUGUUAUCCUUUACAGCAGCUUUGCUUUUUGCAGGGUCACAGAAGGCUGGUUGAACAGGAAUGGCCAUUUUGAGAAGACAUGUCUUUUGUAUCAAUUGGGAAAGCUGCCAAAUAGCAAGACUUUAAAAUGAACUCUGAAAAUUCUCAUCGUGCUCAUGAUUGUGUGAGCUUAAAUGCAGCUUGUGUCUAAACAAGGCAUUUCUUCAUUUAAAAGAGCAACACUUUUGCUUUAAUUGUGACGUGUAAUUCAUUAUUUUCUGUAGCUGGUGCCAUCCCUAACAUGUCUGCUGCUCUUCGAAUUUCACUGUCACUUUCUCUUUCUCUCUCCCUGUCACUCAGAUGAACUUUCUUGGAUAAACACUGGUAUGUUUUUUGUAUAUUUUGUGUUUUUUCCCUGCUAUCCUACCAUAUGUAUUUCAUUUCACAUCUUGGCAGCAUCAAGAAGAAACGACUUUUUGAAAUAUUGUUCUCUAUUGUGGAGUUUUAAGAUAAACUAGUUAAAAAAAAACAAAAAAAAACAUACAGAAACCAGUCAACCCUUACCUUGCCUGUGGAAUAAUUAACCUUCACUUUAAAUGUUAAUACAUAAACAUUUAGAUAAAUAUUUAAACCCUCAUUAUUACAUGGACCUGUCUGCAUCUGUUUCUCACUCUGCAGGUAUUCUGGUUCCCAUACUGGUGAGCUCCACAAUGGGAUUAAUUUUCAUUAUCUCUUUAAUGUGCUGCCUAUUGAGGCAAAAAAGAUCUGCUGCUGACCCGAACAGACACAAAACUGCUGGAUACAUUAUUGGAGACAGAGACG